GAUACUGUUGCAAACAUACCGGACCCUGUGGAAACUGUAGAUGGUGGUGAAGGUCCAUCAUCAGGCGGAGCUAGCAACAAUGAUAUGGAAGGUAUCCUAAGUGCUGAUGAACCUGAUGUCGAUACGGCACCUCCACAACCCAAGAAACGAAGAGCUCGGAAAAAGAAUAAUGACGAUGAUAUCUAUGUACCGCCUGCUGGUCCUCGGCCUUCAAAAUCAAGACGGAGCACGAGAAAAAAAAAAGAGGCAGAAGAUUGGUAG